UAUCUUUUUAUUAUUUCAAAUUUAAACAGUGUUAGAUAAGUUUAAUUAAAAGAUAACAAACAACACUUGAAUAUUUAAAAGAAGAUAAAAUUUAACAACAUUCCGUACGAUUAAAUUCAUUCCGUACAACCGUGCGAAAAAUUCACUCCGUACAAGUCACAAAAUUUGUCAACAGAAAGAAGCAAAACGUGCAAACCGGUAGAACAAUCCGGUAUCAGUUGAUCUAUAUAUAUUUGGUGGUAAACACACAGCUUAAUUGAAGUAAGCAUCAAGUGUUACAAUGUCGAAGAAUCCGUGGCCUUCGUCCCAGCUUCCCGAUCGUUCACCGGCAGAGAUUCAGGAACACUAUGAAGCAUUGCAGCGUGACAUUACACUUAUUGAAUCAGCUCCUGUUGAGUCUCUAAAUCUCACAAAGAAUUGUGGUCAAGAGCAGGUUAAGGAAGAAGGCACUAGUUCACAAAAAAUUACAAAAAAGAUCAUUCCUAAACGAAGUGCUAAGAAAAAAGUACACUGGACGGAACAUGAACACAGGUUAUUUCUUUUGGGGCUUAAGACUCAUGGCAAAGGACAGUGGCAAGCCAUCUCAAGACUUGUUCUCACUUCAAAAACUCCAACUCAAAUUGCUAGUCAUGCUCAAAAGUAUUUUCUUCGCCAGAAAAAUAUGCCAAAAAAGAGAAAAAGAGCAAGCAUCCAUGACAUAACCUUAGAGGAUAUUGACUUAGCCCCUCAACAAAAUCAGGUUCCGCCAUUGAUUCCAAUGCAACAAUCAUCCCCUCAACAAAAUAGGAUUUCUUCUUUGGAUGUUCCACAACAGUUACCCAUUCAAAAUAGGGUUCUUCCCUUGAAUGUUCCACAACAAUCAUCCCCUCAGCAAAAUAUGGGUUCUUCUUUGAAUGUUCCACAAUCAUUACCCAUUCAACAAAAUAUGGUUCUUCCUUUGAAUGUUCCACAACAAUCAUCCCCUCAACAAAAUAGGGUUCUUCCUUUGGAUGUUCCACAACAAUUAUUCCCUCAGCAGUACAAGGAUUUUCCUUUGAAUGUUCCACAACAAUCAUUCCCUUAUAAAACUAGUGUUUUUCCUUGGAAUGUUCCACGACAAUUACCCGAUCAGCAAAGUAGGGUUCUUCAUAUGAGUUUUCCACAACAAAGUUGGCAUCCACCAUCAAAUGUUCUCAUGCAACAAUGGAAAGAAAGAAAACACACAUUGGAGGAUAGUUACUUGGCCCCUCUUCAAUAUCAUUGGGCUCCUCCUUUAUUGUAUCCUCCAAUGGAACAAUUACCAGAAAGACCACAUGUACAAGAAGUGUUCCAGCCGGAACCCAAUGGGUGCUUGGGUACUUGUUGCUACCCAGGGACGUUAGCAUUCACGGAGAAACAAAAAAUGAAUGGACCUCUUAUGAAUUCAGAUGGAAAUGGAAGUUCAUCCUCAUUAUACUUUCCAAACACAUCUGGACCCAUUAGACAAUGUGGCACAUCAAAUGAGGGUUUUAUGCAUUUCAGAGAUGGCUUUUAGAUGAAAAGUAAGAAGCCAGAUGAUUGUUGUUUAAUUGAAUUGUGAAUUAAAAGUAGUACUAUUUAGUUAAUCGAUAAAGUUUAAUCAUUCAAUUCUUGUUAUACAUUUUCCUCAACUUAUAUUAGACGCUCAUAUCUAUCUCAGCUUUGUAGGUGAUAGUGUUAUUGAUAUCAAAUCUCUUAUUUGCUGUAAAGUUGUUAAU